AUGCCAUUAUCUGCACUGAUGUCUCCAAAGAAGAUAACUAGAAGCAAUACCAUGGCUUCCCAAGACGGACCAAACCAUGAUAACUCGGAAUUAAGCUCAGUCUCCAAGCUAAGCGAAGAAAACGAAAGACCUCCCCAAGAGGAAUUUGCUGCUGCCGGAAAGGGUUCUGAACAAAAGGGGUCAUCUUUUGUCACCCAAGAUGUCAUUGCCAUGCUAAAGAAUGAGCUAAGCCGAAACCAGGAGAAUUGGAAGUAUGUUCCUCAGCCACCGUAUCCAUCAAGCUUACUCCAACAGCCGUAUGCUAAAGGCUAUGAGGCACCAAGCUUAGUCUUUUUUUAUGGAAGAAAAGGAAGCCCAAAAGAGAAUGUCAACCGAUUCAUUGAUGUUUUGGGACCACAUGCUGAUUUAGCAAGCAGAUUCUGUAAGAAAUACUUCCAGCAUGAGGAAAGAGUUACUACCACUCAACUCAACAGCACCUGCCAAAAGCAUGUGGAAGUUCCCGUGGACUUCAUGCGUAGGUUCCGGGACCUGGCUCUAGAUUGCUAUGAUGAUAAGGAUAAUGAAGCACUUGUUGAAAUUUGUAUCAGCAACAUCGUGGCAGAUUACAAAGUAUUUGGAGAAUAUUAG